CUAACUUAUUCUAAGCGCAUUGAACAUACUUCUUUGAAGAGAAAGGCCUUGCAUUUUCUAAAUUUUUCAGGCCAGGGUAGUCCAAGUCACUUUGACUCAAGUAAUUAUUAUUAGUUUGAGUUGGCUCGUGACUCAGACUAAUUGGGAGUUCUUGCUGGUGGACGCGCCUGGUACAAUGGCUCCUAGCAAGCCAUUAGCUGUUCUGACGAUGUUGUUUGCAGCGUUGCAGACCUGUUUGGCGUUCCCCAAACCUGGAAUAAAAGACUGCAGCCUUGAACUGGUUGAUCCGGGCAAUGUCUCUGUGAAAUGGAUGACGCUGACACUGUCGGAGAACGCUACCAUCGACUUCAAGGGCGCAUGCCAUUCGGUAGGUGCGGCAAAAGUUCAUUUGAAAUACAGACUACUCAUAACGCAGUGUGCCAGUUAUUUAGACAGACUCGAAGAAAGUAUAGUGCUUCAGGGAGACUUUGGCGACAAUCCAGUGGUGGGGACAGAGUGGGUGGAGAUCCCUCUGGAUUGCACAGCAAGUACGACCGGUAGUGGCGAUCCGUUGCAGUUCACGGAGGUCGCUCCCGAGAGAGCAUGGCUGGAGGAUACCGCAUACCACAACACCUGUUUGGAUCCUGCGGCCGGACUAAAAGUGAACGACAGCGAGGAUGGGGCUGACAAGUCGUCCAAGGUACCUCCAAAUGAGCCUGCAGCGAACCCCGUGGGAACAAAAAAGCGGUCGCUAAGUGUGAGUGUGAGCGAUCUGAUGGAGGCCGUUCUUCAAGCGCGCACGCGGCGCAGCGCUCCGUUCUACAAGAAAGUGAAGAAGGAGGUGGUGUGCAAGACGACCAAGCGCCAGGUGUUCGCGCUGGUCUUUGCCGCGCAAGCUGACCCCGUGUCCAACGGUGGUGUUCUGAACGUCACUGUAGCUGUACAGGUGGAGAUGAAGAACCGCUGGGGAUACCUGUCUGCGCUCGACUAUCCCAAUCUGGUCUUCUAUGGCAUCAUGACCGCCCUGUACUCGCUGUAUGCGUUCGGCUGGCUGCUUGCACUCAUGUGCCACUACAAGGAUUUGCUGCGUGUCCAGUUGUGGAUUGGCGCAGUCAUUGCCCUGGGUUUGGUUGAGAAGGUGUUCUUCUUCAGCGAGUAUUACCGUGGUAACGCCGAGGGCAGAGAGGGCAUGUCGUUGCUCGUCGCUGCUGAGAUGGUGUCGGCGGGCAAGCGCACACUGGCCAGACUUCUCGUCAUCAUCAUCUCGCUGGGCGUUGGCAUCGUACAGCAAGGACUUGGUUCCAAACUCGUCCCCGUUGUCGGCAUCGGUAUUCUGUACUUCAUGGCCGCGUCGGUCGAGGGUAUUUUGCGCGCCGUGGCCAGCUCCGAGGAGGUCGCCACCACCGAGGGACAGGUGAUAUCGCUGGCGGUCGUUCUGCUCGACGUCGGAAUUGUCUACUUCAUCUACAAGUCGAUCAAGUACACGAUGCGAAUACUGCGCCUGCUUCACAACACAGUCAAGCUCUCACUCCACCGGUACUUCUCCAUCGCCAUCAUCUUCGCCGCGGUCGCUUCCGUGGCGUUCGGCAUGUGGGCGAAGUUGCAGUUCCGCUCCUCGGCCUGCAUCAAGGACUGGCAACAUAUCUGGCUGCUGGAUGGCUUCUGGCACAUUCUCUUCAGCUUCCUGCUGCUCUUCAUGAUGGUGCUGUGGAGGCCAUCGGAGGACAACAGCCGCUACGCUUACUCGUCGUCCGCUGAUCUCGCCAGCAACGAGGACAAACCUGAGCAGAUGUCGAGCGAAGGGUUUGAGAGUAUGAAGAUGCGCAAUCUUGGUUAGGGAGUAACGAUACAUUAGUGUGUUUACUUCCCUGUGUCUUGUUGCUGUUCAGCCUUUCCUUUUGGUUUUGACGAGUCGUCUUGUCUUUUCUUCGUUGCAAUAUUCAAUACUACGUACUAUAAAAGCCCAUUAUUCUAACGAGGCGCAUAUGUAACGAUCUCCCAAAAUUGACUAGUUUGCGUGUACCAAAGGUAACGAAUCUCACUCAUUCUCAACGCUCAAUAGGACAGUAUAUGUAUCGAUUUCUGCAUACCGAUUUCUAAUUUAACGACAGAUUUCUCCUCGUGAACUCGUUAGAGUUAGCACUUUCUUAAAUAUUAUGGCUUUUACAGUAUUCAACCAUCACACAGCCUAACUUGAUGAUGAUACAUGGCGCAGUGAACUGGUUUUAGGAGCAUUUCUAUUGUACUAAAAGGAUAAGCAGCAGCUCUUGGCCUGUUAAUCAAUUGAGCAGUUCGACCUCCACCAAUUGCGCUCUCUGGCCGACCUCAGAAUUAUGUCGUUACUCGUGAAGUGUCUGUACUCGCAAAGCCCCUAUAAAAAUGUAUACUGAGUAUGAAUCCAUAUUUUGUAUAGUAUGACAUGCAAAAUCAAAAUGUGCUGUGCCCGUUACGUUCAGCAGUUGAA